CGGGCCCGGCCGCGGCGCGCCGUCGCUAGGAGACGUGCCCGCGCGACACCGCCCCGCGUGCGCGGUGACGUCAGGGGACGGGAGCCGCCGCGGAUCAGCUGCGCGGGCGCUGCGGCAGAGCCCGCCGCGGGUCCGGCGCCGCCAUGGGGGAGCUGUUCCGCAGCGAGGAGAUGACCCUGGCCCAGCUCUUCCUCCAGUCCGAGGCCGCGUACUGCUGUGUCAGCGAGCUGGGCGAGCUGGGCAAGGUCCAGUUCCGCGACCUGAACCCGGACGUGAACGUCUUCCAGCGCAAAUUCGUUAAUGAAGUCAGGAGGUGUGAAGAGAUGGACCGAAAGCUACGGUUUGUUGAGAAGGAGAUUAAAAAAGCAAAUAUUCCUAUCAUGGACACUGGUGAAAACCCGGAGGUGCCUUUUCCACGUGACAUGAUUGACUUGGAGGCAAACUUUGAGAAAAUUGAAAAUGAGCUUAAAGAAAUCAACACAAACCAGGAAGCUUUGAAGAGAAACUUCUUGGAGCUGACGGAAUUAAAAUUUAUACUGCGUAAAACUCAGCAAUUUUUUGAUGAGGCUGAAUUGCAUCAUCAGCAGAUGGCGGAUCCAGACCUGUUGGAGGAAUCCUCUUCACUCCUGGAACCAAGCGAGAUGGGAAGAGGUGCCCCGCUACGACUUGGGUUUGUGGCUGGUGUGAUCAACCGCGAGCGAAUCCCCAUGUUCGAGCGCAUGCUGUGGCGAGUGUGCCGAGGGAAUGUAUUCCUGCGUCAAGCAGAAAUUGAAAACCCCCUGGAGGAUCCUGUAACGGGGGAUUAUGUGCACAAGUCUGUGUUUAUCAUCUUUUUCCAAGGCGACCAGCUGAAGAACAGGGUCAAGAAGAUAUGUGAAGGAUUUCGUGCCUCCCUCUACCCAUGCCCAGAAACACCUCAGGAGCGGAAGGAAAUGGCUUCUGGUGUCAAUACCAGAAUUGAUGAUCUUCAGAUGGUGCUGAACCAAACAGAGGAUCAUCGCCAAAGGGUUUUGCAGGCAGCUGCUAAAAAUAUCCGUGUCUGGUUCAUCAAAGUGCGCAAGAUGAAGGCCAUCUACCAUACCCUGAAUCUGUGCAAUAUCGAUGUGACACAGAAAUGCUUGAUUGCUGAAGUCUGGUGUCCCGUUGCUGACCUCGAUUCUAUCCAGUUUGCUCUCAGGAGAGGCACUGAGCACAGUGGAUCUACUGUCCCAUCUAUUUUAAACAGGAUGCAAACCAAUCAGACCCCACCAACAUACAACAAAACUAACAAGUUUACUUCUGGCUUUCAAAACAUUGUUGAUGCUUAUGGAAUUGGGACAUAUCGGGAAAUAAAUCCAGCACCGUAUACAAUCAUUACCUUCCCGUUUCUGUUUGCUGUGAUGUUUGGAGACUUUGGCCACGGAAUCCUGAUGACUCUGAUUGCUGUCUGGAUGGUGCUUAGGGAAAGUCGUAUUCUGUCACAGAAGAGUGACAAUGAGAUGUUCAACAUGGUUUUUAGCGGUCGAUACAUCAUUCUGCUGAUGGGACUGUUCUCCACUUACACAGGCCUUAUUUACAAUGACUGCUUCUCCAAGUCUCUUAAUAUGUUUGGUUCAUCAUGGAGUGUCCGGCCGAUGUUCUCAAAAGGCAAUUGGUCAGAUGCCUUGCUAGAGAGUACUCCCCUGCUUCAGCUGAACCCUGCUAUUCCGGGGGUGUUUGGUGGACCCUACCCCUUUGGCAUUGACCCGAUUUGGAAUAUUGCCAGCAAUAAGCUAGCCUUCCUCAAUUCAUUUAAAAUGAAAAUGUCUGUGAUUCUUGGCAUUAUCCACAUGCUCUUUGGUGUCACAUUGAGUCUUCUUAACCAUAUCUAUUUUAAGAAGCCACUGAACAUAUACCUUGGGUUCAUUCCAGAAAUUAUUUUCAUGUCAUCACUGUUUGGAUACCUUGUUAUUCUCAUUUUCUACAAAUGGACAGCCUAUGAUGCUUACACUUCCAAGGAUGCACCAAGCCUUUUAAUACAUUUUAUCAACAUGUUUCUGUUCUCCUACAGUGAUACCAGUAAUAAGAUGCUUUAUAAAGGGCAGCAAGGGCUCCAGUGUUUCCUUGUGGUGGUGGCGUUACUGUGCGUGCCAUGGAUGCUGGUAGCUAAACCCCUGGUCCUUCGGCAUCAGUAUUUAAGGAGAAAGCACUUGGAAGGGCAGCCCGUGGAGGCCCAAGUCAGCACAGUCCCGAACGAGCAGGCACUAGAGGCAGCAGCGGCUGCAACAGGAACACACAACUUUGGUGGGAUCCGGGUGGGCAACGGACCAACUGAGGAGGAUGCUGAGAUCAUUCAACACGACCAGUUAUCCACCCACUCCGAGGAGGGGGAAGAGCCUACAGAGGAUGAGGUGUUUGACUUUGGCGAUACUGUGGUGUACCAGGCUAUCCACACCAUCGAGUACUGCCUGGGGUGCAUUUCAAACACUGCAUCCUACUUGAGGCUCUGGGCGCUCAGCUUAGCCCACGCACAGCUCUCGGAGGUGCUCUGGACCAUGGUGAUCCACAUUGGCCUCAGCGUGAGGAGUCUGGGGGGAGGCUUUGGCCUCUUCUUCAUAUUUGCUGCUUUUGCUACCCUGACAGUAGCAAUUCUCCUGGUCAUGGAGGGGCUGUCUGCUUUUCUCCAUGCUCUUCGCUUGCACUGGAUUGAGUUCCAGAACAAGUUCUACACUGGCACUGGAUUCAAGUUUCUCCCUUUCUCCUUUGAUACCAUCCGUGAGGGGCGGUUCGACGACUGAAGGUCCCUCUGCUCAAGCAGUGUUAAACGUCCUGUGUUUGUGGCUAGUCCUCUCCCAUGUGUCUGAGUUGCAUGUAAUCCUCCCAUAGUGGAAAUAACUUAUUGCAGCACCCUCGAGUCUUACCAAAGCCAAGAGCUUUGACAUUCUCGGGUAAUGAGUGACACUGGAUCAAAGAAACUUUUUAUUCCUUAAGUUUACCACUGAAGAUAUUAAGUGCAUGAAGUGUCUUGAGUUUGGUGUGUAAUAGUGUACUUGUCGUGUUGUGAAUUCCCUGGCAGGCUUAUCAGGGCAGUAUGAGAGAAACGCAGCUAUGGCUGAGUGGGCACACAAGCACAUGGAGAAAAGGCAUAACACCUUCAGCUUGCACAAAGCUUGCUGCUCAGGAAGAGAAUUUUUUUUUUUUUUUAAAGAAAGUUUUACAUGUGGUUCCCAUGUGUCUCUGCCUCUAAUGAAGCAAAUUCUAAGCAGUGGGCAGUUGACAGUCCAGGGCAUGCAAGAAGGGCUGUUCCUUUCCUCCCUGGAGAAGAGCUACUCCUUUAACUGGACACUUGCACACUCCCAUCCCAGGCAGAGCUCUGCAGCAGGGAACGCCGGCUCCACCUGGGCGGUGGUGGGAGCAGGGGGCCUGGCUGCCUCGCUGCGGCCUGGGGCGAGAUCACGAGGGAUGAGCUGUGGCGUGAACUGUCCUCUCAGGUACUGACCACUGGCAGGGGAACUUGCUGGAUUUCUUGUUUAAAAAUGAAGCCCUGAGGCUGCAAAGCCCUAGAGGCACAUCCAGAUAUGCCUGUGUAGACUUGGCAUCAGCAGAGGCAGCUUUUGCAAAGGUGCAGGUCCUAGUGACGGAUGUUGUCACAUAUGUUUGGAGUCUAAGGAGCCCUUUAAGGGAGAACAGAGGCUGAAUCUUGCCAAAGUAGUCUCACGGCAGUGGAGUCUUGGUGGUAUUUCCUUGUGGUAGCUGUUGCUUUUUCCCUUGUGUAAGAUGUGAGCAAUUCCUUGCCCUCAACUCGAUGUAGCUGUGGGAGCAGUGGGGUGUGUGCAUGUGUUAGUGCUGUGUGUAACUCGUCUUUUAACUCCUGCAGUGGAUCUGAAGUAUUUGUGUAUAAGCAGAUUAGAACAAUAAUGAGAAUCAUUGUAGCCUGGAACCGAGGAGGAAAUGCCACAGGGUGCAGGGCUGUUUAAAAUCAUGUGAGAAAGGUGUGUGUGCACUGCACGCUGCAGCGGCGCGGGGCUGCUCGUGCUGCACGUGGCAGCUUCUGGGCAAUGGCUGUUUGCAGGGGGACGUGGCUGGAUGUUUACAAUGGUGUUUGCAGAGGGAGAGAUGAAAUCAAACCGUGUCUGCGGGUGGAGCAGUGACACCAGUCCUGCUGCCCGGGUGAAAUGCAUUGCUGACAGUCGCUGUAUAAAUUAAACUAACUGCACGACGA